AUGGCUACAAUGACUGUGUCCCCACAGCAACUGCCCUUCAUAUCACAAGAUGCCAUCAAGGAUGGCCAAUGUGUCUUUCCAUUCUGGUAUAGACAUGAAAAAUAUCAUGACUGCGUGAAGUUGAAUGCGAAACACAGGUGGUGCUCAUUACAUAGUAUUUUUCAAGGAUACUGGAAGUAUUGUUCUCUGGAAGAUUUUGCCCAGUGUAUGUUUCCCUUCUGGUACAGACGCACAAUUUACUGGGAAUGCACAGAGGAUGGAGAGGUGUUUGGGAGAAGAUGGUGUUCACUGACCAGAAAUUACAACAUGGACCGGGUUUGGAAAUUUUGCUGA